CUUCCGCCUCCCGAGCAUGUCGUCCCCGUCGCCGGUGCAGAUAGAGGCGAACGCGCACCUGGCGGCGCUCCACAGGCGGGUCGCGGACCUGGAGCAGAGGCUGGGGGACGCGGAGAAGACCGUGCGGGAGCAGGCGGAGAGCCUCAUCCGCAAAGACGAGCAGCUGAGAGCCACCGCGCAGGAAAUCACGGAGGCCAAGGACAAAGAGAUUUUCUUCCUCCACGAGAAGCUCUGUCAAUCAGAGGAAUCCAUCCAUAAACUCAACCAAACAAUUAAGGAGAAAGACUCUCUAAUCGGACAGCUCCAACACCGAUGUCAGCUGCUGGACAACAUUUGCAAAAGCCGUCCGUUGUUGGACAGCAUGCUGGCUCAGAUGGCCGAGGCGGAGAGGAUGGGGCCCGUCGGUGACUUGGGGAAGCCCACGACCAACAGCUCUCUCAUGGACGGAGAAUCCAGCCCCAGCCGUCUGUCCAACCACAAAGACUUCUCCCUCAGCGAGGACGACUCCGACGAUCAGGAAUUAGACGGGGUUGUGUUUGGGACCACCGUAUGAGAGUCUCAGUUCAACUGCUCCACAUCUCAGGUUCAGCAGCCUGCGUGUUCCCGGCGGUCACCGUUGGUUCAGCGUCUGGUAGAACAUCUUGUUGUAUCAUAACACGGGUUAGCGGAGCGCGAAUGGGAUGCUGCUGUAAAGAGCAAACGCCUGGUCAUUCGUGCAAGUAUGCCACAUGUCUUUUAGGUUUAUCCCUCAGACUGCGUCGUUUCUCGGUAGUGAAUUAAUAAUUUUUUAAAAAUAUAUUUACCGUAUGGAUUUAUCGUGUUACAUGAAUAUUAGAGAAGAAUGUUUUUUUUCUUUUUAACAUUUGCAUUGGAAUUAACCGUUACAUGGAGUCCACCUGCAAUUUUAUUUGUUACCAUAAAAAGAGCGUCUGGGGAAAUGUCUCGGAGAUGUGAUGUACUGUUUUGUCGGAGCCUCUCAGUGAGCAAUUUCAGCGGUUCAAACGACGGAUUUAGAUGAUUUAGACCCGGUGCUAUCCACUGUAUGCCAUGUGCUGCUGUCAAAUAGGUUUAUAUCAUAAGUUUGACCCUUGGUCUCAAACCCCCGUAUUAAAAUGCAACAUAAUACACUACUUGCUUAUACUGGAAGGUUCAAAUGGUUCUAAACCUGUAUAACUUUCACAUAGUUUAAUUUUAAGAGUCCAUUGGACGAGAGACUUUUUUGGUUCUACAGAGGAUAUAAUGUGAAUUUAAAUGGUUACGUUUUUCUUUCAGAUAAGUCGGUGCCUAAACAAUUUCAGAGCUGCUUGUGUUACCUAAUUAUCAUCAGGC